AUGAGCGAAGAUUACAUUCAGUACGAAGAAAAAGUGGAUUUUGGAGCGCACCUGAAUUACGAGACGCCACUGGCGCGCUUUUUGGCGAUGGCAUCGAAUAUAUGUCGCAAAAAUUUAGCGCAUUGCGGGCGGCAAUUUUCAUACUGCGAUGAAGUGGCCGUAGGAAUCGUUAUCAAUCCACAGAUUAUCACGGAAUGCAAGUUUCUGAAGGCUUCUGUAGAACUGAAUGGCUCAAGCACAAGAGGUCAGGUGGUAUGCGACUGGACCGAUCACCAUACAGCGGUGUCUGGAGUGACGCACAGUACAAAGGCGCCCAGUGAAAAACGAGCCUCGAAAAUGAUAAAGUUCGUUGUAUCGUAUGAUGCGGUUACUCUGAACAAACUGGUAUGUGAUGCGGUGAAAAAAUCCGAACAGACACUUCCCAGUGCGCCUGUUCCCGUUUGA